AUGGAAUUAGAAAUUAACCUAUUUUGUAAGCAUAACCAUCAAGCAGUUCAAAUUAUCAAUGAUCCUUCGAUGAACCCUACAUAAAGAUUAUUGUGCUAUGAAUGUUUGGAUUAGUAUUAAUAUUAGACUGAAUUAAUUGAGAUAUCCAUUGCACUUGCUCAAGCCAAUAAGAAUUUUAAUUAGACUUCAAAAUAUUCAAAUUUAAUUUUGUUACAAAACAUUAUGCAUUUAAAUACAUUCAUUAAAAACUUUUGGCUGCUAAAAGUUGAAAUUUAAGAGGUUUGCGAAUAAAUUAAUAUCAAAACACUUUAAUGGUUAUAAAAAUUAUAAGACCUAUAAAAUAAGGAAUUUAUACAAAGGUUUGACUAAUCAUUCAAUAAAUACUAGGAUGACUUAGAUGAAGUGAAUUACGGGUUUCUAACUUAGUAAUAUUUACCUGUUUUGAAUACUCUAAUUAAUCCAUUUAAUAGUCUUAAUAAAUUUAAUCCUUGUUAAUAGACACUUCUUUAAUUAUCGAAAGUUAAUAUUGAGGAUGCUAUUCAACAACUCAAUGUUGAGAAUCAAUGUAGAACUCUAAUUGAGAAAAUAGAAAGGGUGAAACUUAACAGUAUUUGUGAAUAGGAAUUCACUCACAUUAAGGAAAUUAUAGUUAAUUCUUCAGAACAAAACAAGGGAAUUUAAUCAGAAAUAAUCGAGCAAUCAACAAACUUAAUAGGAUUAAGACAACACCUAUCACAAUCCAUACAUAAAUUAGAAAUAGAAUUAACUAAUCGCAUAUCCUAACAGAAUGGAGAAUAUUUUCAGAGUAUUCAAAAUUUGAAUUUGCUGAUAAAUGAAGGAUCUUUUAAUAAAUUUAUUGAAAAAAUAAAUAGAAUAGAAAAGGACUAAGCUAUCAUAAUAAUGAGAGAAGAAUUUAAAACGAAACUAACAAAUUGUAUUCAAGGUGUAUUAAACAAUACUUUAAAGGAUCUCCAAAGGUAACCUGCUUCAGAACCAAUACCCAAUCGUUUCAUCCUUCAUAAGUUGAUUAAAACUGAAAUUAGACAAAAAGAUUGCUGCUAUGCCAUAUAAUUCAACAAGGAUACUUCGAUCAUGAUUUCAACAAGCGGUAAAGAUAUUAAAGUUUGGGAUUUCUAUAAAGGACACCUAAAAUUAAGCAAUACUUUAUAGAAGCAUAUCGAUGAUGUCACAUGUCUACUCUUUAGCAAUUAUUCAAAUUCCUUCAUUUCAGGUUGUGGGAAUGAGGAUGGCUCUAUAGUAUGUUGGUAAUAGGAUAAUAAUUUUGGAUGGAAGUCUUCAAAACCAUUCAAACAGCAUUCUUUAGGUCUGAGGUGUAUGAUCAUGAAUCACGAUGAGACUCAGUUGAUAACUGGAAGUCUGGGUAAAACUAUCAUAAUUUGGAAACUAGAUUUUAAGGAGAAUAACUUAGUUUAUGAAUACUCUUUAUUUGAAAAUCAAAAUAAGCUAUUAAGUUUGAGUAUGAAUGAUUCUGAAACAUGCAUGGUAUCAUGUAAUGAAGAUUAAGUUAUAUUCAUUUGGUGGAAAUAGCAAGGCAUCUGGAAGUUUAAAGAUACCCUAAAAUAAUCAGUUCAAGAUAUUGGUAGAUAAAUUAAAUUCUUAAGUGAUACUGAAUUUAUUUGGUUAUAACAAAGUAAAGGGAGAGUGCAUUUCUUUGAAGGCUAAAACUUUAAGUUUCAAGAAAAACCUGAAAAAUAACUAUUGUUAAAUAAUUAGCAGUAAGAUUGGAAUUUAUUUCCUAUUUUAUAUAAUAAACUGAAAAACGUAAUAGUCAUCAGACAUAAUUCAACUGUGUUCAUAAUCAGAAAAUAAUUAGAUGGGAAUCUGAAGAUCAUGGCUGAUCCAAUCCAAUGCUAAUCAGAAUUUACUUAUGGUUCCCUCUCUAAAGAUUGCUAAUAUUUGGUUCUUUGGGAUAUGGUUUCUUAAUAAUACAACGUUUAUGAAAUUUUAGUUUGA